UUCUGGUUACUGGUUGUUCGUACUAACUAUUAUUGUUUUAAUGUUUUACUCAGUUCAUUCGGUUCGGUUUAUCUGUAUCAAAUCUCCAAUGCUAUCACCAUCUUAUAAUUUUCUUACUAACUAGGCUAGAGCAGAGCUAGCGCUUAGCACUUUCAGUUCUGUCUCAGUUAUUAGUCUUUUUCAUUGAAUAGGCGAGUCAAUGUCAGAAGGCUAUAGUACUUCUGUGAUGGUUUACUUCAUGGCAGGAUGACAAUAUUGUGUUCAGCAUUUAACAACAUAGGAAUAUGAAGAAUUGACUCCUGUUGCGCCCACACGUAUCAAAAGUAGCUUUCUCACUAAUGCAGAAUUACUCAGAUCUAAGUUUGAAGUGUUGUGAUUGCGAUUCUACUUUUACCUCUGCAACCAAACUUCUUCAACACUUUGCUGAACAUGUUCUACAAGAGCGCAAAUCCAGAUUCAAAGAGACAUUUGCCAGCAGGAGUAAAAAUAAGAAAAAGGAUGAAGUGAGGACUAGUCAAGGGGAGUCAAGUUCUGAGUGUAGUCAGACAUUGUCAGCCUCAGACAGCAGCGAGUCGCGGGAGUCUGUGUCACCUCAGCCCUGCAAACUAGCCAAGUUUGAUUUGCAAAAACGACUGGAAAAUUGUGUAAGUAAUUUAACUACCAACAACGAUACCAAUGUUAGCAUUAAGCAAGAAGAAGACGAAUGUGAUAUCUCCAACAGUACACCCGAUACUAAAGCUUCAGACGACUACAGUCCUCUUAAGUAUUGUAUGAUUACCAUGGAAGAAAAUGACAAGAAGUCAGUAAAUACCAAUCCAAAAAAAAUAGCUAGUCGAAAACAGCCUUCACCAAAGAAAAUCGAAAGGAAAUCUGAAGGAUUUAGGAAGUUGGCUCCGAAACCUAAAGGUCUGGUUUCUCCAGAACCUGCUGUUAUUUCUUCUGGUAAGAAGAAGUAUGCUUGUCACCUAUGUACCAAAGUUUUCGGGUGGUCCACAGAUUUGAAACGUCACAUUUUAGUCCACACGGGAGAAAGACCUUUCAAGUGCAAAACUUGUCAUGCCACCUUUACUCGCAACUUUCUAUUACAGAAGCAUCAGUCAAAAGUACACCCUUGUAAACCCAAAGAGACAGUGGUCAAACCUGAAAUCGUAGAGAUACAAAACUAUGUUGAAAAUGAAAAUAAUAAUGAAGAGGUCAAAGUUGAAGUAGAUCCUCUCAAAGAGGAACCAAUGGACAGCAAUGAAUAUGAGGAUGAUGAAGACGAUGAUAGGUUGAUCAUCACUGAAGACAUAGAAGAAAAGCCUUCGCUGACUACGAGCUCUGAUGAUACCAAAUGGCAUUUAUUCCCUACAAAUGCUGAUUAUCGAUGUUCUGAUGUGAAACAAUCUGAAAUAUACAGCAUUGCUCCUGUUAAAGUUUAGUAGUAUGUCAACUAUAACCUAAAGGCCUAAACUAGGUGUGUUUUGUCAUCACCAAGUGAUGCUUCGUCACAUCUUCGAUUUUUAACUAGCUGGUGUAUUAAAAAGCCAAUGAUAGAUUUCAAUGCAUAUUUAAAUUUAUUUUAAUUUGAUUUUGUUGUAGAUAAAACCGCAUUUUCCUUUAAUUGAUUAUCAAUCUCCUCUAGAUACUUUUAAUCUUCAUUAACUAAAACUUAAUAUUAUUUACUUUUUUUUAUCCUAAACGUAGUAGAAACUUUUUGAACAUCCAAAUUAUCAUAUUAGAGACAAAAUUAAAGUUGACUAUUUCAUCAAUAUUUAAAUUGAACUUCUUAUCACACAAUUUAUGCAUCAUAUUAGUUUUCUAUUAAUUCCAUGUCUAUAUCUGAUUACUUUUCUCUUGGCUAUUUUCAUUGGUUUUAUCUUAAGACUUAAAAAAAAGUUAUGAAUCUUAAAUGUUAAUUCAAAGUCAAAUUCUUAAAAAUACUUUUCACCUUUACCAAACUGUGAUCAAUAUUGUGAGUUUAACAGCCAUUCUAACAACAUAGAUUAAUGCUGAAUUACUUGCUUACAUGUUUGUACCAGCUGACAGUUUUAGUAAAUGUUUAUGUCCAGUUAUGCUUGAAUGCAUCGAUGCCUUUUCUCCUUAUUUAAGAGUUUUUACUGAAUUUCAAAACUAUUAUGACAAAACAGAACGACACAUUUGAAAACUAUUGUUUUUACUUAGAUUUAAUACUGUUAAAAUUAGAGUUAACAUUUAGUUUAAAUCAAUACACUCAAGUGUUACACCGAAACAAGUUUCAGGUACUAAUCAAAACACAGUAGCCUACUAAGCAAGACAAUAACAUAAACCAAUACCGGCAGUAGCUAUUACAUUACUGUAGUGCAAUGGUCUCAUAAUGUCAUCACUCAAUUAAUAAUCCUACAUGCUAAAAAUACUUUUUAAUUCAAAUAUAUACCAUAAAUUGGUACAUCCAACAGUAAUGUUUGAUCAAGCCCAAAUAUUGUAAAGGGUGUUGGGCUUUUUCCUCCUGUGCCAAACCAAAGUCAACAGAGUUAGGCCUAAUAGUCUAUACAGUUUUUACAAAAUUUGUGUUUUAAAAUUUAGAUGAGUAAGGUUAUUUUUGUAUUGUUGUUAAAAUUCAUAAUAUUCAUUAUUGUUACUUGAGUUAUUUUUAUCACUGCUUGAGUAAUCUCUUUUAUAGUCUUAUAGUUUGUUGAAAAAAAAUGUCACAACAGUAUUUCAAACCACAGUAUUUAAAGUUAUUAAUUUUGUUCUUACCACCAAAUAAUGGAUUUUUCUAAUGUGUCAUAUUAUAAUUCAAUUUUUGCCUAAAAAAUCUAAGUAUGCAACUUCUUAGGGCUUCCACAAAGGUAACACAAAUCUAAGAUUAAAAGUACCAUUCCAAAAGAUAUUUUGUAAAACAUUAAGCUUUACUGAAUUUAAAAAUAUCUUGUACAUUAGAGUCUCGAUCAUCCAAUCUUCGGUUAUCUGACCCUCCCUACAGACAAUUGAUAAUUGUGUGGUAUGACUGCACCAAAGCAGGCCCAACGCCCCCUGCAGGCCCCUGUCUUGUAUUCAGAAGGCUUCAGACACUUGCACUUGAUUGUUGUGCUGCAUACCUUACAGUUCAUCAACACCUCAUACCUCCAUAACAUUCUAAUACCCCUCACUUAGUCACUUCAUCAACUUUGGAUACUGGAAGUAGACACCAUUUUGCAUGCCUCAAAUCACAUUGCUUAUAGUCCGUCCGUUUGGCUAUGAUAUCCAGCGUUGAAGGACCUUCUCGGAACUCAACUCACCCUCUCGACCUGCUCGUCGGGCUGGCCGGAGACAAACAGUGGCUCACCCACAGAACUGUAACUUUUUUUUUUUUUAGUUAAAAUAAAUUUUGAGUUCUACAUGAAAUUCCAAAAAUAAUGAGCCCAAACACAAUGUGGAUACUUAAUAUCUACGAUCUGAAAGUAUUACAAUUACUCUGUAUCGUCAAGAGCUUUGUCUGACUUUCAGAUCGUAGAUAUUAAGUAUCUACAUUGUGUUUGAACCCUAUUAUUUUUGGAAUUUCAUGUAGGGUAGAACUCAAAUAUACAAAGAACAAUUUGUUUUAACUUAAAAUAAAAGUUACAGAUAUGUGGGACUGUGACAGUAGGUAGGUAAACUUUUUAUCAACGGCCACUCUGACGAGCGGGUCUGAAGGGUGAGUCGAGGUCCGAGAAGGUUCCUAAUCCCCUGGGUAUCAUAGCCAAAUAGCUCAUGCCCGCGGUUAGUAUGUAAGGGCUUGCGAGGUAGUUGUGCCCUGUCAUUCGCAAUAUAACAACGAUAAGGCUAGUUAUAUUGUGUUUACUUUUGGUUGUUAAUAAAAUUACCUGCGUAGUAAAGUCAAAACGUAAACCUUACAUUAAAUACAAAAAGUUUAACUUUUACUUACAUACACAUUUAUAUUUUCAAGGUUAAGUUUUAAAAGUUAUACAAGUUUAGUUAUAAAAAAGUUAGAAUUCACCACUUCUCCUUUCAUUUUAGAGAAAAAUUAAUUAUUAAAAAACCACAAAAUAUUACAAAUCAUUCAUGAAAUUAAAAACAUAAACAUGCCUGUAAACAAUCCUACUUUGACAGUUCUCAUUGCGUAGUGCUUAAUUCAAAUUAGCUGUUUCAUAAAUGCAAAAAAACAGUAGUGCUGCACCCUGUUGGUAAAUCUUAUAACUUUUUAAUGCUUUUGCAUAUCAUAGAACCAACUUUUUAGUUGAAACACAGCUGACUAAAUUCUUUAAUUCCCAUUAAAUAUGAAUACUCAUAAGGUUAAUAUGGGGAGCUAAAGAGCCACUGGGGCGGAGCCCGAAAGGAUUUUUGAGAUAAGAAUAUGCCUAUAUGUUAAUCGGGAAAGUAAGCUAUCAUCAUGCUAAAUUUCAGCCCAAUCCGUCCAGUAGUUAAAGCGUGAUUGAACUUAAAACAAACAAACAAAUAAACAAACAAACACACAAACUUUCACAUUUAUAAUAUUAGUAAGAUGUAACUACAAACAUUUACUACUCUAAACACUCAACACUUUUACAUGACUAUUUUUCCUUCUUUUUUUGACAACUUCAUCAUCAAAGUAUUUUUAGGGAUACAUCACUUUAUGUACAUGGUCAUUAAAUGGUUUAGUUUACUUUGUUUAAGUGUUGACCUAUUGACUUAAUCCGCUUAAGAGCUAAAAACAAUCGUUCUGCAGAGCAGUUCGUCAUUGGAGGGGUUAUGUAAAAAUCCUCAUGGCCACUUCCAGUUUUCACUAGCCAACUGAUAUGUUUCUCACCAGAUUGAACAAAAGAAACUGACAUUUUUUGUGAGUAAUACAAAAAUUACAUAAAAAUUUAAAUAUAAAAAAAGAUAAGGCGGAACAAGUAAAGUCGUCACAGUUAUAUCUUGAGCUGUGGCCUACUUCAUUACUAGGAGGAGUAAGCUCACCCGCUCAUUCAAUGGUAGGCGUGUGACAUUGUCCUACCCAUAUGAUAAACAUAGCCCCACUCACACCUUCCCCCCACACCAUUCACCCGAGGUAUUGCGCACAUCACAGCGCUGGUCAGACACAGCCACCUCUAUAGACAACGUAGUCUGAGUGAUGCGACUGACGAGUGUGGUGACGAUCACCAAAACUGUUAUUACAUGUUAAUAUAUUUUAAUUUAAAAUAUUGAAAGUGAAAUAAUAUACUGUUUUCAAGUAAAAAGUGACAAUAGUCCUUACUAUAUUUUUUUAAUGUAAACAAUUACAAAUUAAAUGCCGAAUUCACUGUGGAAAAAUACAUCUUACUAAUUCCCUUGUUUGUAUAAGGUAUAAUAAGGCACCAAAUCAUUUUCUUAACGAAUAAAAAAUUGGAGUGCGGACUGAAAAAUUAAAACUAGAUGUAAAAUGCAGUUGUCUGCUUGCAUUAUUGAGCGGAGCUAGCAUAUUAAUCCAAUACUUUUCUAAACUUAAUGGUAGGCCUACAUCUGUUUCUCGUAAAUGAGAUUAAAUACUUGUAGUAUCCAAUGUUAAUAAUAUAUUUGGUUCACAUAAAUGGAAUGACUAUUUGCAGCAUCCAAAGUCAAUGGUACGCCUGGUUCACUUGUUUUACUGUACUUAUUAAUGUGCCCGUAGCCCUGGCUGCUCUUUCCUGACACUUUUGAAGUGGAAUGGUUACCGUUCCGUUUUCCGCCUAGAUGACUUGAAAUGUAAAACAUUGGUAAUAAAUUCUUUGGUCUAUGUAUCUUUUGGUUACAUGAUGGGAGGCUUUAUUAUUACUUUCAGCACUCAACACUGAUAUAAACUGUAACACAACAAAGUACAAUCUUGAAAACUAUGAAUAGCGUUAAGCUUAGAUGUUGAAACAGUCAAUGAUUGUUUGAACCAAAUAAGUGGAUAGACAUACGGAGUAGUACAAAACGGAUAGUACAAUGUACCACGUGCGCUGAACAACCUCCCCACCCCGAGUCAGCGGCUGCUGUUCAAAUUAUAACCGUUGUCGUAGCUCCAGAUAUAACGCCGCCACUGUAGCGACGUAAUGCAAGCAGUGGCAGUAAUGAGUCAUGAGUGGGAAACGAGAGUGUGGAGGAUUCUACUUUUACGCGAUUAAAAUUAACCAAUAUAUUUCUAUUGAUUGCGCUCCGAAUAAAACAAAAAACUAUUGCGAAAAAUGGAGGAAACAAAAAAGUAUUGAGACUCUACAGUACAGUUUGUCUAAAUUAAAUAUCUUAUCACAGCAUUUUUAUUGUUUUUAUUGACUUUUUGGAUUUUUUAUUGAAUACUGUAUUACCUAUUUAAUGGCAGUUCAGUAUAAUAUUGUAGUAAAAUUUCAAUAUAGCCUCACUGAAUAAAAAUUCUACCUUUUAAAAACAUUUUCAGCAGUUUGAAUAGAUGAGAUAGAGAUAUUGAAUAGAGAAUAAAGUUUUGGUUGGUAACUUUUGUAUUUAUGAUAUGUUAUGUAAACUAGACAAUAAUUCAUAGGUACUAGUUGGAUUCUUUAUUGGAAUCAUGUUGAUUUUUGUGUUUUCAGAGAUGAAUGCUUAUUAAGGAUUUGGCUUAGCGUUAAUGUGAAGUUUUCAGAUAUCAGCUUUGUUUUAUACAGUGCAAGAAGGGGUGAAAAUAUUGCAGAAACGUUUGUUAUGUGUUAUAUAACUGCCCCUAACAAAGCUAUUUUAUAAAAAUAUUAUUGUUAAAAUACAUGUGCAAUCGAUUAUAGUCUAGUCAUAUAAUGUAUUUUGUAUAUAGUUGCUAAAAGUAUCCUUGUUUGAAAGUAUACUUUUUUUUUACUCGUUUUACUAUUUAGUAAGCAGAUAGAUAUUAAAAUAAACAAAUGUAUUGUUUAUCCUUCAAACUGACUUUGGCAUAGGUUUCACUAGUACAUAUUUUCUUGUAGUUUUGAAUCUGAACAGAAAUAAUAUUACAAUUUAAACUUGUUUUGUGACAAUAAUGAAAUGAGCUCUAUACCAACAUUAAAAAAGGGAUGUAUUUUAUUAAAAUGUUUGUAUUUACUAUUUUUUUAAAUGUAUACAACAAUCUUUCCUAAAACUUAAAACAGACAGCAGGACAUUUUGCAUCCUGAUUGGGAGCCAUAAAUCUUACAAUUCAUCAGAUUAAUUUGGCACAUCCCCUCACACACUACCUGAAAAUACAGCUCUUUCCAUAAGUACUGGCCCAAGGUGUAAGCGUACGGAGGUGUCCAAUCUUUGGGGGGUAGUGUAGCUGAAGCCACUCAUUCUCCUCUUACAAUAUUAGACCCUAGUUACGCCUAUGUUUUGGUCCGUUGUUCCUGAUUAGUGACUAAAAGUAACAAAGACAGCCCUACAUAAAGGCGAACAAGGCGGUGCCUGGGUAUGUACAGCUGUAUGUAAGCUAUGAAGAUAGGCCCGCUAUUGUGCUUCGCCUUGGGCCCUGCAAUCUCUAGGGCAGCCACUGAAAAGUAUAACCAAAUGAUAAGCUUUAAAAUAUUAACAACUUAUUCAUGUUACCUUUUAAUUUAUUACCUACUUAAUUAGUUUCAUCAAAAUGUAUUUUGAUUGUAUUACAUCUACUUAAUAAAUUUUAGAAUACUUAUAUUACUUAAUAUCCCACAUGUAUUAUUUAUUAAAUUGUGUGUGUUUAAUUAUUUGAAUCGGUUUGACAGUUGUACCAUUGACUAUUGUACUGAUAUUUUAGAAAGAAAAAAAGUCAACAAUAAUAUUAAAGAGUCCUAAAAAUAUUUAUUCCAGAUUAAUUCAGUACAGAUGGUUCUUUCCUAUUGAAAACAAUAAAUUAAGAUUUUAUUGUUCUUAUAGAUUUCUUAGUAGUAAAAAUUUGUACUUAGUGAUGUGUGAUAUUGCCUGUAUUAUUAAAAGUUAUUUAUUUAUACCUCAAAUUAUUUUAUUAGCAUUUAAUGGAUUUGUGUGUUUGACAAUAAUAAAAAUACUGGAUGGUCUAUAUAUAUUUAUAGUUAAAUAUGAAUACUGUAUUUAUAAAUCCUAAAUUGUUUUAAAGCUUUAGUUGUAAAGAGACUAAAGAGGUUACAGUAUAUACAGUCUAUUUCUAUUGUGGUUUUUGUAUGCUUUUGUGUCAAGAGAAAGUGGUUUGUGCACUACGUGUUUGCCAGAAGUAUUUUGUACAUUGAUUAGUUGUAAGGAACUAUCCACAUAUGGGUUUUGUUACUAUCUAAUGUUAACCUGUUGAUAGGGUGACUGAAACAGUAAAUGACCAUUUUGGCCAUAAACUAGAUUUGGAAAAAUUUCUUUACAUUUUUUUAAAAACUUAAGUUUUUUGACAGAUUACAAAAUGUAGCCACACUAUAAUCAGAAUUCGACCACCUAUGUCCGGCACUCUACAAAUUGUAUUUUUCAACCCUCUUUUUAAACAUAAUACAUUAUGUUUUAUUAUUGGGAGGUGCAGGAGAAUACAGGCUAGACGUUUAAACUAUUCUCUACAUUGUAGUGUUUUAUCCUAUUUUCCCAUGUUAGAUUCAAGUAGAAACUCAAGCUUAAACGGUCAUGGUGCACUCACCCUAGAAAGUAUUAUUAAUUCAUAACCUAGUAACGAAAGCUUCAGAGUUUAUCAUUGUCAGGAGUAAGGUUGCCAUUUUUUGCUGAGCUAAAACCUGAGUGUAAACCUGUCAAAAGUGGGAGAAGGUAGAAAGGAGAUCAGGCUUUCCAAUUAUAUUAUAAGCAAAUACAUAAAAUCUAGUCUGAAUUAUGCCACAAAUUUUACACCCAUUGUGAAUUUGUUCUAACUAAAGUAAUAUAAUAUUUAAUAACUUCCAUUGACACCUGCAAAUAUUAGAAGAUAUUUUUCCUUCCAAGAAAUGUUACUGUCCAGAGGGUUAUUUUCUUGUAGCAACCCUACUCAGGCUUGAGCUGUUAACAAAUCUUGGGGUUUGAUGGUAACCACUGUCCACUUGGCUUCCAUGUCUUAUAACAAUAAUCCCAAGGGAACCAAAGUAGUCAUAAGAAGUAAUUUUGUGAAAUGUUUGUGAUUCCUUAAAUAAUGUGUUAACAGUGCCAUAUUAGGAACUGUCAGAUUCCUUCCACAUCCAAGUUUCUUACCCAAAGUAGGCCCAUUUUCAAUUUUCUAAUGUUUUUCAGCCCCAUAUAAAACUUACUCUGUUCAGUUCAUGGCAGGGAACAAUAUUAAAUUUACUUUUUCACAAAAGUGUUUCUGGUCUUAAGUUUACAUGACAUUUUUACAGUCACUGUACCUUUUUCAUCACAUUUUCCCUCUUAUCCCUUACCAAAUGUUGAUACUGUAUUGAUUAGGUCUAGGAUGUUGAUCAAGACAUAAACAGAUAUGAUUCUAGAACAUUAUUUGUUACCUUGUUUUACUCUGUAAGGGGGUUACACUAAAACCAAAUGUAUUUUUUAAGGUAGAGUAAAUGUAACAAUCAAUAAAAAGUGUAAAUAUAUUUACAUUUACUUAUUAAAUUAGUUUUAGAUACAUUAUUGUUACUUAAUUUAUAUUGGUUACUUACUUAUGUGUACUGCAGCCUGGUUUUACACAAAACCUUUGUUAUGUGUUAUUUUGCUAUAUUUGUUAUUUUUAGAUGUGGUUAUGCUUUUUAUUUUGAUUGCACUAAAUAUUUCUUCUAACGUUCAUUAUAGCUUUGGUUUAUAAUUUAAUUUAUACUAAAUCUUGUAUGCAAACAGACUAGUGUAAUUCCCAGUAAUUAUGCAGUAGAAGUAAUGCAAUGUAAGAGUACAUGAUUAUUGAAUUAAUUAUUCACAAUGGAUUACAUUCCACUUUUAUUCACAGGAAUUUCAGUUGUUCUGUUCCAUUAAGUGAACUGAUUGUUUUAAAUUAGAAAUAUGUAGGAAUGUUUUAGAGGUGUCAAAACACAAUCACUGCCUGACAUUCAAAAUACUUUUUUUAAUUGCAAAUCAAAGCAGCUAAAAACAGGCUCAAUCAAAUUUCUCUUUUAAUGCACCUUAUCUUCUUUGUGUACAGGCUUACUAAUCUUUUGUCUCAAAAAUGAAUAAGUUCUACUUUAAAAAAUGUAGUUUUUGCUUUGUGUGGUGCUUUGUUAAAACUUUGCUUUGAUUUAUAUUUUUGACAAUUUCUAAAUAUAAAUCCUAUAAUUAUUUUAACCAGGAUUAUUAUCCACUCACGUUAUGUGUAAACUUUCCAAAAAGAUUUGUGUGCCUCCCUAGUCAUCAAACUGUAGGUUUUUUCUAAGAUUUGACUAUUAGGUUAUCCAUUAUAUAUGUUUAAUACAAUAAUAAAUGUGUCCUAUCUGUAACUUAUGACAAUACGAUUUGUGAAACAAGAGUAUGUUUGUUGAUUCUGUACAAUGAGUGAAAUAAAUAUUCAUAUUGAUCAAUUUGUGAA